GCGGCCAAAGCUGCAGGGUAAUUGAUCCAUAAGGAAGUCAAAACAGAAUUGUCUGUAAUUGGUAUCAUUUAUCACCAUGGAAACGCUUCGAUAUCUUCAAAUAGUCGUCUGUCUUUUCUCGUUAAGCCUCGCAACUAGCCAGAAUGCUGAAUUUUGGAACCAGGAGGCGCAAGAUUCUCUCAAGGAAGCGAUCCGCCUGACGGAACGGAACGUCAACACCGCCAAGAACAUUGUCCUGUUCCUCGGCGAUGGCAUGAGCAUCGAGACCUUGACAGCUGCCCGCAUCCUGAAGGGACAACUCGCAGGAGGUUUGGGGGAGGAUGCCAAACUAGCAGUGGAGGACUUUCCACAUUUUGGCUUGGCAAAGACAUACUCGACCAACAAGCAGGUACCGGACUCGGCUGCCACGGCCACAGCCUACCUGUGCGGAGUCAAGACCAAGACGGGUGUUCUCGGGGUCGACGAUAGGGUAGAGAGGGGUGAUUGUGUCUCUUCCCUCGGAGGGGAAGUUAAAUCCAUCCUGGAAAUGGCCCAAGAAGCAGGGAAAUCCGUUGGUUUUGUUACGACCACCACACUCACUCAUGCAUCACCUGGUGCCCUCUACGCCAAAGUCCCGGACAGGAAAUGGCAGUCUGACAUGGACAUUCCUCGCGGGGAACGCAACCUGGGUUGCGUCGACAUGGCGCAACAGUUUGUCAGCAACAACAACAUUCAGGUUGCCCUCGGAGGCGGGAGAAUGAAAUUUAUGAGCAGGAUCAACAGAGAUCCGGAAUAUCCGAGCAUGCCUGGAUCUCGAAUAGAUGGCCGUAAUUUGAUUCAGGAGUGGAUCAACAACAAACCGGAUCAGGACCGAGCCCACUACGUCUGGAACGAGGCGGAUUUUAACAAAAUCGAUCCGGAGCAAACCGACUACCUCCUCGGUCUCUUCGAGUACAGCCUCAUGAAAUUCGACAUCCGUCGCGACAACGACACGGGAGGCGAACCCAGCAUCGCCGAGAUGACCGACAAGGCCAUCCGGAUCCUCAGCAAAAACCCCAACGGAUUCUUCCUCUUUGUCGAAGGUGGUCGUAUCGACCAUGGACAUCACUUCGGCGUGGCCAACCUGGCUCUGACGGAGACGGUGGCGAUGGACAAGGCUAUCGACGUCGCCCUCGGAUUGGUCGAUACCGAGGAGACCCUUGUCAUGGUUACCUCCGACCACGCCCAUACAUUCAAGAUGGCGGGCUACUCGGCUAGGGGAAACCCCAUAUUAGGCAAGUCUGAUGGACGGUCUACCGAUUUGGGGUCAUACACCACAGUCGGCUACAUGAACGGACCCGGUGCGAUCAUUUCAUCUCUCUCCUACAGACUUCUUGGACGGCGCCCUCCUGUGACGGAUGCUAACACAGGAAGACCGUUCUACCUGCCCCAGGCUGUCGUGCCGACGUUCCUCGAGACACACGGAGGUGACGAUGUCGCUAUCUUCGCCAUCGGACCCAUGUCCCACCUCGUACACGGCGUUCACGAGCAGAACUACGUGUCCCACGUGAUGCAGAGGGCGGCCUGUAUCGGCUACUACGCCGACAACUGCCAGCCCGUUCAGGCCGCGGCCGGCGAUGACGACUUUGGCACGCUCUCCGACGCGACUGCCCUUCGCGUGGAUGCUAAGCUUGGCAUUUUGCUUGUGUUUUCCGUCCUCUUGGCUUUGGUCAAGAUUGCUUAAAAUCAUCCAAUUCGUCAACCCCACUUUAUUCACAUUAUUUCUGUUAAUUUUUAAUAGGAGGAUGAUCAAGGCAACAUGAGCAUUUAAAAAUAAAUCACUUGUUCUUUUGAUUUUCAUCUAAAAAUGUGAGUAACUGAAGAAGAAGAAAAAAUGGCUACACAUUCCCAGCGAAGUUUUCGAAGCUCCUAAGAUUGGAUUAAUUAUUUAAACCUUUUAUACAGUGAUUGUGGGAAUAUCUUUUUUUUUCUUGGUGGAUACAAUUUAUAUCUUCUAGAUCUUCUGAGAAGAUCUAAACAAUUUCAUUUUUUGUAUAAUUUCCUCUACAUAAUCUUGAUGGGGAGUUAUUGUCAAUUUACAUGUCUUAUCCCAACUAAUAACGCUUUAUAGGCCAACAUAUAGUCAGUUUAUACAUUUAAUUUCCCAUUUACUUUACUAAUAACACAUCUCCAAGGAGACAAAAUAUUCUAUGAUGCACGUUUACAAAAUGUUUUAUAAUGUUUAGUUUCUCUAUUUCUUUUUUCUUUUUAUUUUAACGCAACUAUGACUGCAUUAUUGAUUCAUGUUAUUUAAAAUAAUGAUUACAGAGACUUUUAAAGACUUUGUUUACUUGUUUUCCUUGUUUCAACUGAAAUAUGUCUCCAUGUCAAUCAUUGUACUCAAACCGUAUUUCCCUUGUUUAUCAUGGUAGCACCAGAUGAAAAAAUAUUUGUAAAGCGUAUAAAGAUGGCAUGUUUAGUAUUAUCCUGUUUGAUACAAAAAUAAAACUAAUCUUGCUUUGACUUUAAUCAGUCAUAUUCCCUGAUCUAUCUCACAAUAUUUUGGUCAUAAUUGUAAUAGUAUCACAAUCACAAGUAUCACACUCAUUGCUAUGAGGUUACUCUUAUCAAUAUUACAUUAUCAUUUUAGCGAAUGUCUUCCAUAAUUAUGCUCCGCUAAUCCUAACUGAAAAACAUGACUUAUAUAAUUUUUGCAUGCAAAUUAAACAAAUAACAUAACUCUUC